AUGGAGAGUGUGGACCUGGUAGUGGUGGGCGCCGGCUGGAACGGGCUCGCUGCUGUCAAGACCUACAUCGAGGUCAAUCCGAACAGCAAUGUCUUGUUACUAGAGGCGGCCAGUUCCGUCGGCGGUGUAUGGGCCACGCACCGUCUUUACAAAGGCCUCAAAUCAAAUAACAUGCUCGGCACCUACGAGUAUAGCGAUUUCCCAAUGGACGAGGCUACCUUUGGCGUGAAGCCCGGUCAGCAUAUCCCCGGUGAAGUGAUCCAACGUUACUUGGUCGCCUACGCAGAGCAUUUCAAGUUCCUCGAUCGCGUCCGCUUGAAUCAUUCCGUAGACAGCGCCGAACGUAGCCUCGAUGGGUCUUGGAAACUCCUCGUGUCGCGUCCGGAGGGUUCCUUGACUAUUGAGACUAAAAAGUUGAUCGUCGCGACGGGAAUUACUUCCCAGGCGUACCUGCCUACCUUCAAGGGGCAGGAAGACUUUGACGCCCCCUUGUUUCACUGCCGGGAUAUGCUACAGUAUGAGGGCGAGGUCUUCAAGUCUGAAGAGCCGGUGACUGUCUUUGGUGGUACAAAGUCUGCUUGGGAUGCGGUUUAUGCGUGCGCGACGGCAGGCAUGAAGGUUGACUGGGUCAUCCGGGAGUCCGGACACGGCCCUUGCUGGAUGGCGCCGGCUUACGUGACCCCACUGAAGAAAUGGCUGGAAAAGCUAGUCACCACGCGGUUCUUGACUUGGUUCAGUCCCUGCAUCUGGGGUGAGGCCGAUGGAUACUCUGGCGUGCGGGGCUUCCUACACGGCACCUGGCUGGGAAGGAAGAUAGUCGAUGCUUUCUGGGCCGUGUUGGCCGAUGAUGUAGUGCAACUAAACGGAUACGACAAGCACCCGGAGAUGAAGAAGCUCAAGCCCUGGAUCAGCCCGUUCUGGAUCGCCUCCUCGCUAAGUAUCCUGAACUACCCAACCGACUUCUUCGAUCUAGUCAAGGACGGUUCAAUCAAGAUCCACGUCGCCGAUCUGGACCAUCUCUCAACCCACACCGUCCACCUCUCUACAGGCGCCGCUCUACCCACCACAGCCCUCAUCUGCGCAACAGGCUGGCGCUGCACGCCUAACCUGAAAUUCCUGCCCGAGGGCAUCGACCGCGAUCUCGGAUUCCCCUGGAGCACAGACCCGCUAGACGGCAAGAUGGUCGAAGCUGCCGACGCAGAAAUCCUCCGCCGCUUCCCUCGCUUGAACGAUCAGCCCGUCUUGAAUCCUAAAUUCCAGCCCCUCGACGACGCUUCCGAGGCCGCGGCGCCGCAUCCCUUCCGUCUGGCCCGUUUCAUGGUCCCCCUUUCCACGCUCAAGGAGCGUUCUCUGGCCUUCAUGGGUGUUCCCAUGACCAUCAACACGACCUUGGUGGCCCAAACGCAGGCGCUGUGGAUCUCGGCCUAUUUCGAUGGCCAACUUACGCCUGUCUCGACCGAACGCUGUCCCCCUGCUGUCCGGGCUUGUUCUGACUCGAAGUCGGAAGAUGACUCCGAGCUUGAUCUCGCUUGGGAGACUACUUUGCACUCUGAGUUUGGCAAGUAUCGGUACCCGGGUGGAUUUGGGAAGCGGAAUCCUGAUUUUGUCUUCGAUGCUAUCCCGUACAUUGAUCUGAUGCUGCGGGAUCUGGGCUUGUCUCCUGAGCGCAAGAAGAGUAUGCUGGCACGAUGCUUCCAGCCGUAUGGGGCGGAGGAUUACAGGGGUUUGGUGGAAGAGUGGAAGGCUAAGGUCUGA